GUCAGCCCCUUCUCCCACUGCUUUGAAUUUAACUGCCCCAAUCUCAUCCCCAGUGUGUGCAGCGGAGGCAGCAGCACCUGUGGCCCUGUCAGGUGCUGCACAUUCACUCCUCUGGCUGUCACAUCGGUCCCCAGAGCACAGGAGCACGGGGCUGGACCCUGCAGAGUGUGCCAUGGCCCCCAGCACGACAGGCACAGCCUCUCUGCGUGCCAGCAUGCAGCUCUCACCAACUCCUUGCUCUUGUCCUGGGAAAACAGGUGGAGAAAAGCACUUUGUGGGGAAACAUCUUCACUUUUUCCAUUCUUUGCAGGGCACAGGUGAGUAGGUGGCCCUCACCCACCCUUUCACCCAAAGGGCACAUCUCCCUUCCAGGCAGCCUCUCAGCCUCUCUGCACUCCCUGCUCCAAGGGCUUGACAGAAACCACACCAAAACACACUUGGCUGGUGCUCGGGAGCCAAGCUUGGUGUCCUGGGAUGCCCUGACACAGUGGGACACCCCUGCUCCUCCCGAGGCCUCUGUCACAGUUCGGUGGGUCUGGCUGGUGACCAGCUCACACCAGGCAGAGUUUGCUGCAGGACCUUCACAUGACAAAUGAGAGUGCUCUCACAGUGCUGCCCCCACAGCCUCCCUUGCUAACGGGGAUGUCCCUCUCCAAAACCACAGCAGGAGGAAAGGACUCCAAAAAGAUCAGGUGCCCUGUGCUGUGUCUUCUGUUUGAAAGGGAUGUGCUGUGGGCACACAGGAUAAUUUCUUUUAGCUAUACCCUAAAUGGAGAGUUCCACCGUGACUUUUGGCACCUUUCAGCAAGGUCUCAAAGUCCAAAGAGGUGGCUGUAUGAAAAGCCAUGGGAAGUUGAGCUCCAAGAGCAGAGGCUGCUUUUCAAGCUCAUGUUGCUGCUCCUUGGUACCUAGCUGCUCUGAAUGAGCAAACUCCACAGCAAAGAUGAAAUUUGAGGAUCUCUUGCUGGAAACUGGGGGCUUUGGCAGGUUCCAGAUUUUGAUUUUGGCUAUCCUCUGCCUCCCAAGAAUCAACCUUCCCAUGCAUUUCCUGCUGCACAACUUUCUUGCUGCUACCCCCUCUCAUCACUGUGCAAUUCCACACCGAGAGGCGUUUGUGAAUCUCACCAUGGAGGAAGUCCUGCUCAUCAGCAUCCCUCGGAAGCCCGACGGCACUUUCAGCUCCUGUGAGAUGUUCUCCCAGCCCCAGUUCCACCUGCUGCUCAACUCCUCUCUGCAACCAGAAAACAAAUCCAUCGUCCAGCACUGCCAGCACGGAUGGGUCUAUGACCACUCGCAGUUCACCUCCACCAUCUCCACCCAGUGGGACCUCGUGUGUGAGCAGCGUGGGCUGAACCAGGCAACAGCAACCUUCUUCUUCAUCGGCGUCACGAUGGGGGCCAUGGUGUUCGGGUACCUCUCCGACAGGUUCGGGAGGAAGACCAUGCUGCAGCUGUCCCUGGUGUGCUCCCUGGCUCUGGGGAUGCUGAGCGCCGCCUCCGUGUCCUACACCAUGCUGGCCGUCACACGCACCCUCACCGGGGUGGCCCUGAGCGGCCUCUCCCUGAUUGUCCUGCCUCUGGGCAUGGAGUGGGUGGACGUCCGGCACCGCACCUUCACCGGGAUCCUGAGCAGCAUCUUCUGGAGCGUUGGGAACAUGCUGCUGGCCCUGGCAGCCUACCUGGUGCGGGAAUGGCACUGGCUGCUGGUGGCCGUGACAGCACCUUGUCUCCUGAGCAUCGUCUGCCUGUGGUGGGUCCCAGAGUCUGCCCGGUGGCUCAUAGCCAAGGGCAAAGUGAAGCAAGCCCACAGGCACCUGCUCAGAUGUGCAAGAAUGAAUGGAAGGAAAGACUUUGCUGUCUCACCAGAGGCCCUCACAAGGAUGGCAACAGACAAAAACAUGGGAGGGAAUUACUCCUACAUCAGCUUGUUCAGGACCCCAGUCCUGAGGAAGAUCUCUCUGUGCUCUGGUGUGGUGUGGUUUGGCGUUGCCUUCUCUUAUUACGGCAUGAGCAUGAGCCUGACAGGCUUUGGGCUCAGCAUCUACCUCUCCCAGUUUGUCUUCGGCGUCAUUGAGAUUCCAGCCAAGAUGGUGAUGUACGUGCUGGUGAACCGCAUCGGCCGGCGGCAGAGCCAGGCCUGGACACUCAUCCUGGCCGGAGUCUGCAUAGGAGCCAACAUCGUCAUCCCCAAGCCCUUCACCUCCCUGCGUUCAGUAGUGGCCAUUAUGGGCAAGGGUUUCUCAGAAGCUGCCUUCACCACCGUCUUCCUGUACACCUCAGAGCUCUACCCCACCAUUCUGAGGCAGAACGGGAUGGGGUACACCUCCUUCAUGGCGCGCCUGGGAGGGGCCCUGGCCCCGCUGGUGUUCCUGCUGGACGAGGUGUGGCGGUCCCUGCCCGAGGUGACCUACUGUGGCGUGGCGGUGUGCAGCGGCGCCGCGGCCUUCCUGCUGCCCGAGACGCUCAACGUGCGCCUUCCCGAGGGCAUCGAGGACGUGGAGAAGCCACGAGUGAAAGUGCCACCAGCAGCCAGCACUCCCGAGGGUGUGCCACUGCAGGCCCUCCUGAAGUGAGGAACCCCGUGGGACAGCCACCACGUAGGACUGCACCAACCGAGCCACGCUCCGAUCUGCCAGGGAAAGAGCCUUUCCCCACCCAUCUCACUCCCAAGGGAAGUGGAACUGAGGAAGGAGGAGAUCAGGACACCAGCUGGCAGCAGCUAACCCACCCUGUGGUGUGCCCAGCAGCGAGGAUGCUCAGGUCUAACAGGGUGUGGAAAUAAAGGCACCUUGUGCUAAGCUCUUCCAGUCUUUGGCCUUGUUGGACUUGGACCUUCCAGACCCGUGCACAGCCUUCCAGAAACUACAGUCCAUACACCUCGAGAAACAGUGCAGCAAGAAAAAUAAUCACAUAAACCCAAAUAAGUUCUAAUAAAUCCAACUGGGUGGUAAUUGAUGGUUCAUUUCAAACCAUAAACUGUAGCUACAAAUAUUUCUUGAAUUUAGAAGAGGUCUGGAUGGUUUUCACACUGAGGCUCAAAGCCAGAAAAAAACACAUGCAGGAGUCCCACUGGGAAUGGGUUAACUGCAAGCAUUUUUCCUAUGAAAAAUGCUGCAAGCAUCUUUCCACAAAGAAGAAGAAAAGAAAAGAAGAAAAGAAGAAAAGAAGAAAAGAAGAAAAGAAGAAAAGAAGAAAAGAAGAAAAGAAGAAAAGAAGAAAAGAAGAAAAGAAGAAAAGAAGAAAAGAAGAAAAGAAGAAAAAAGAUUUUGCAUUUAAAUCUAGUGUGUAUGCAAGAAUUAUGCUUUAAGCUAUAGGAAAAAAAAUAACCACAAAAAAACCCAAACCAAACCAAACAAACAAAAAAAGAAAAAAAAAACAAAAACAAACAAACAAAACCCCCACAAAUCCCAAACCCAAAGUCCACCUUGCAACAGGAAACUUUGCAUGGAAUAUUGAGCAGUCCAUUAUUGGACUUCAUUCUGCUUAUUGGUCUAACAAAUUGAUCUUAACUUUAUGGAACAGCUUUGCCUCUUGAGCUUAAUUAUGCAACCAUCACAGAUGAGCCAUCAAAUUAUCUAUCAGUGGGAAUUACCUAUAAUUUUGGAAUGCUGAUAAACAGCAUGUACCCAAACUGGGAAGAGGGGAUGGCUUCGGGAUCUGAGCCCCAGGUGCUCUGUGGUUCCCUGGGCUGUGAGCUGUUUUAAGCUAAACCACGCACAACAACACUGUGAAGAGAACACACAGUGUUGAGGAUGCAUCUGAAAACAGAUGAGAGGCACAUCCAAUCCCAGGUCCAAGAGCACCUCCUAGUAGAAAUAAGCUGCCUGAAGAAAUUUUUUUUUUAGCUGCUAUGACAGCAGCUAUUUUUUAAUUGAAUUUUUUCCAUCUAUGAAUCGCUUAACACCUUACCUUUUGCUGUCAGAAAAAGAAAAGGCAAUGUGCAGGUCAUGACCUAUCUGUGUUUCCUUAAGCAAAAUGUUCUUUAUUUCUUAGAAAUGUAUCAUGAUUUAUAGAGUAUGCCAGCUGAUGUAUGCAAUGCUGAUGUCAUUACUCAUACAGUGUCUGCAGGAAAAACAGGACAUUAACCAACUCAAAACCUCAGAAAUUUCAUUGUUGACAGGUUUGUUAAGACAAACCUGAUCUGCUCGGGGGAGGAAAUCUGACUUCUGGGUUUUGAAUUUGUGAGAUACCUUUGGUCUGCUGCAGGUUUGUGAGGAAGACAGAAGUGAUGGAUACAAAGAAGAUAUUUCCAUAACUAUAAAGAUGGAACGGUUGUGGAAAUAAUGGUUAGGCAGUAAUGUAGAAGAUAAGAAGUGAUUGGAAGAGUCAAAUGGGUUAGGAAGGAGGCGAUCUACCGGCUCAGAGCUGAGCUGCACCUGGGACUGGUGCACAGCACCGACACCCACGGCUGGGGGCGAGCAUCCCCCGGGGCCCUGAGCACGGAGGGGACCCGAGCCAAGGCACCAAGCGUGUGCUGGGUGACAGGGGACACCCCGGCCGGUGUCACACCGAGGAGCGGCGGGGUCGGUGACAGAUCUGAUCCGUGA